UUAUUAGACAAUGUACUCACCUCAUGUCGGUAUAAUGUAGUGUUAUGUUUACGUUAUGCAGGAGGUCCUAGUCCAUAUCAGAUUGAAUACUAAAACAUUAGUAAAACUGCCAGGUAUAUUAAUAACCCACUGAAUCUGAUCUAACGCAUAUGUUCACACUAUGGGACUGUAUACUUAAUUCUCAAUUUACGAUAUUUUCUACACGUUGAGUUAGCCGCUUCUAUACUUUUUUGCAAGUUCUGUAUGGUACUAUGAGCUAUGUCAAGUUUGUUCAGUUGUCGUUCUCAAUUGUUAUUACGCCUCUCGAAUAUUGUAAUUACACCUCUCGAGUAUUGUAAUCACACCUCUCGAAUAUUGUAAUUACACUUCUCGAAUAUUGUAAUAACACCUUUCGAAUAUUGUGAUUACACCUCUCGAAUAUUGUAAUUACACCUGUCGAGUAUUGUAAGUACACCUCUCGAAUACUGUAAUUACACCUAUCGAAUAUUGUAAUUACACCUCCCGAAUAAUGUGAUUACCCCUCUCGAAUAUUGAAAUUACACCUCUCUAACAUUGAAAUUACGCCUCUAGAAUAUUGUAAUUACCCCUCUCGAAUAUUGUAAUUACACAUCUCGAAUAUUGUAAUUACACCUCUCGAAUAUUGUAAUUGCAUCCCUCGAAUAUUGUUAUUACACCUUUCAAAUAUUACUCUUAAUUCAUUUGCUUUGCGAUCUUAUUUACACCAGUACAUUAUUUCGUUUCCUACACUAGUUUCUCUAGCGCCCUGUUUGUGCUGUGUCUAUAUGCCAGCUGCGUCAUUAUCUCGGCUUACUGCGUUCUAUUCAGUGUCGGUAUCGUCACGGAAAUAUGGUGACUGAUAUAUGACAUGACUGAAUGUUAACAAGAAAUUCCUUCAUGUAGUUUUCCGCGAAUAUCUGAAAUAAAGGAUUUCAAAUUAGGGAUGUAGACCUAUCGAAUUCAAAGCCGUAGGAUUUAACUGGGCAAGUAUUUCGCAAUCUGCCAUAUUUUUUCUUUUCUUUUUGAGUAUUGGGAAUUCACGGGUACGUAUUUUUCUCAUGAGUGUCUCAUCAUAUUCGAGAAAAUACCGGUUCUAAAUAUUGGCAUGGUUGUAUAAGUUAAAAGUCAUAGCAGUUUCAAGUCGACAAUUUAGCUCGAUCUAGUAUUCUCCAUUAACCAAUCUUUUAAAAUAAAUGUGUUAUGACCCAAAAACGUUUGGUAUAUAUUUUAAAAAAUGUUGGGGAAUUAGCAAUCUGAUUAAAAUCAUAUCCUACGUUCUCUACGUAUCACGUUAGGAUCUGAACAACCCCGGUUAGAGGUCAUGACCCGGUGACCUUUCUAACCUCCAAUCAAAUUAUCGCUGGCAAAAUUGUGCCAGCGCUUCGAUUGCCUCGCGAUGGUUCGCAUCAAUAUGAUAAAAUCCGAGAACAACCGAACGCAGUUUUCAGAAACAAAACAAGAUGCCGGCGCCCGUGGUUGGUGUUAUUGAUACACCGAAAAAAUCCUAUUUAUUAGACAAUAUAUGUAUUUUAUGUGGUUUUGCGUUUAUGCAAAGAGAGACUGGUGAAGAUGGAAGUAUUGUUCAAAAGACAUACUUAGAUCGUAAGUUGAAACUGUCCACGGAGCGGAGAAAUGUCAUUGAACAAUUUCUUGACGUUCACGUUGAAGUUAAAGACACAAAUAACGGUGUAUGUCAAAAGUGCUUCAGACAAUGUGAUUGUCAUCUAAAGUUGGAACAAAAUAUUAAAGACACACAAUAGAAGAUGAAAGAGACAUUCAACAAUGUCAAUACAAUAGCGGUAUUGAACAUGCCUUCACCCCGACGACAGUUUGUCACCAAACGCAUGAUAAGAAGCCCAGUUGAAACACAACAAACAAAGAAAUGCAUAAGUACAUCAUCACACCCUCCACUGAAAAUAAAGGUUGUGACACAAGUAAAACUGACUGCUUUUGCUGAUAUCACAAAUGUCACUAGGAUCCCUGAGUCGACAAAACCAAAGAGAACUGCCACGAGGUCAUUAGGAACAGCAUUUGAAACAGUUCCAACCCAAGAGUUACAUGGAGAAGUUGAGUUCAAUUAUUUUGUUUGCAUUCUUCUUAAUCAGUUUGAAAGGUACAUCACCUAUAGUCUGAGUCAUUGGUGAGAUGGAGAAUCAAAGAUUUCCAUCUCCUAUCCUAGUGGACAGAGAUCCGAGCUGUUAACUGACGACACCCAAAAAAAACUAUGCAAAGCAAUUUUUAGAAAAAAGGACGUUGCAAAAUCUGUUAUUCAAAUCUUGGUGGCUUCAAAUCCUGGUGAAGUAGUGGAUGGAGCAAGAUCAGUAGUAUCUGAGGAGAGUAAAGCACUCUACAAACGUAACUCUGGUGCAAAACAAGACAUAUGGAAAUAUGAUGGAGUUUACAUGGGACAAAUUUUAUGAAGAACUUCAGAUCAGAGCACCAAAUAUAUUGAAAGUGGUUUCUGCCAUUGAAAGUGAUAUACCAAUGCAAGUGUCUGGCAAGAAAUUCCUACAUAUCUUGCACACAGUUGCCUCAGGAUUGCACGGGCGUAGUCAAGAGAUGUCAGCUUUGCAUUAUCAAGUUGGAUUUAUACUUGUGCAUGGAGGAUGCACAGCACACGAUAUAACAAGACUGGCUAAACUUGGAAUAAGUAUGACUCCUCAAUCAGUGCAUGGAUUAUUGGCAAAAUGGAAAGAAAACUUGGAUGCUGAGAUUAUCAAGUUAAAAGAAGACUGGGAAAUUGGUGAAAAUGUCAAGUACCAGCUAGUUGGAGACAACUGGGAUAAGAAUAUUCUUCCAUCUUUCAGGACAUCACAGCAGCAAACAAUUUCCCUACACCUUUUCAACCUCAUAGCAGUCGUUGACAGAGUGAAAGUUUUGCCAGUGCCAAGUAAUCCAUUGCCUUUUCACGACAUAAAACUGGAUCAGUUCUUACCUUCGCCUAAGGAGCAAGAAUUACUGAAAGCCGAGCUGGUGUUUAUAGUAGCAACAUCUGUUAUAGCUAACAUUCCCCAGCUGACAUGUUUGCUGCAAAAUAUAUAUCCAAAGCAUCUCAACCACAAAUACAGUACACAAGCAGGACUGAAAACUACUCAGUAUCCAUUUGGACUUUUUGAUUGCAACGAGACCAAGACAACAGAUGUCAUACAGUUGCUGAAAGACCUUCAGAAGAAGUAUGUACCAUAUAUCAACAAUGAAAUCAAAGAGCCAUUGCUAUUUGGUGGUGACAGAUUGACAGAUGAAAGGUUUCAGGGUGCACAGCAAGCAUUGUCAAAUGGUGAAACAGCCUCAGAUAGACUUGAAGGUUUCAUUUCUAAAAUAGAGGAUUUUCACAGACUCAUGAAUUUCCUUGAGGCAAUUUGUAGACUAGCUUUCAGCACAGAUUCUGGAAAUGAUAGAGGAACAAUGUAUUACUACAGGAAUGUUUUGAAUGCCAGAAAUGUAAAGGGUGAGGUGAAGAAUUCCUACAGAGCGUACAAAUUCCUAUGAUAUACUAUACUAGAUGCCAUGUGUUGUCUGCUAUUCCUGUCGGAGUUUGGUCUGCAUGAUUUCGAGGACAGUGUGGCAAUACCAGAUGAUUUAGACCAGUUUUCAAAUGAAAUGAAAAUCAAUUGGAUCAACAACAUUUGUCAAUCAGUCAUGGAAAAAUCAUUUUUUGAGAAUUCAACUGAUGUUAUUGGUUCUUCGAGCUAUUGUCACAGAUCCUGAGCACCCAGAAAAUUAUUGGAUUUCUAACCUUGAGAAUGGUCGUGUCAGAUGCCAUUUUUGUGAUAAAACGUAUGCCUAUGUUGGUAGUUUGAAAGUUUAUGAAGAGAAAAUCCACAAGAAAACUGUAGUAACAACGAAAAGCACAGUGACAAAGGACAAAGAUGAGUUACAAAGUUACUGUCGUAUGCUGUUCAAACUGUGUCUCUUACAAAAGAAUCUGGACACAUCUGUUGACAUGGGUGAUGGAGAACGCAGUGUCAGAUCAGCAAAGUAUGAACUACCCAUCUACAAUACUACAAAUAAAAUCAAAUAUGGCAUUGGAUCAGUACACCUUAUUUCUAUGACUGAAGGUCUGUUAAAUGCAUAAAUGAAUGAAAGAUUAAUUGCAAACCGAUUUAUCAAUUUGCAGGGUGGCAAGAACAAAAAUCUUGGUCUUGAUGAAUAUGUGGAACUUUUGAAUAGAGACAGCAAAAGUAACGUGUUCCGGCUUUCAGACCAAAGAAAGUAUACUAGCCCGAUCUGCAGAGUUCCCAUAUUUGGUAAACUUUGCAAAACAUUUUGAUGCCAUCAAUGAUGUUUCAAUCCGCAAAGGAUUUCACAAGCUACCAACUUAUGCUGAAGAUGUCAAGAAGGUUUUCAAAGAUCUUGUUGAAAUUUCAGCAUUUUCUUUUGUAGAUGGCCGAACUUUAAGACGCAAGUCACUGAGAGCACAUAGGCACAUUUUGACCAUUGCUUUAAAGGACUCAGCACUUUCAUUCACAGACAUAAACCAGUUGUGGCAUUUCAUAGACUGCGAAAUCAGAAAAUAUGAACAGUUCUUUUUGCUCUGGUCUAUGUAGACCUUUUAUUACCCAAGAAAACUGUAGGUUAUAAACAUGUACUUGACAUACAAGUCAACCAUGGUUUCUUCUGUAGCUCUCAUGAUCACCAUGUAUAAAUGACCCCAAUGCAGCUGUGUAGUAAAGCAGAUGUUAAACAACAUUAUUCAUAGUCUGUGAUUUGAUUGUUUUAUUGGAUAAAAUUGUAUUGGUUCUUGACCGCAAAGUUUAAUAUUUGGGAUUUUGUGUGAUAAAGGCUUGGUUAACGAUGAGACUGUGAUCUGAUUGUGUCCGGCGAAUUAAUAAAUAACUUAAUCACAAAGUGAAAGUAUAAUUAAGUCAUUCUUUAUUAUGUUCUCGUUAUCAUUGUCAUGAAUUCCUAAAUUUUACUACAUGCAGCAAUCAACAUGUCAAUAAUUAUUAAAUCAAAAUAUUUUCACCCAAUCUAUCAUUAAACUAGCAUUCUUAUCACAGUCAUCUGAUAGUUCAAUAUUGAACAAACACUUCUCGACACAAGUACAGGGAUCGCCUUGGCUCAGUGGUAAAGGUGUUGAUCGGAUAUUGCACAUUCCAUUCGACACAGGUUCAUCAUGUAUACAUAUUAAUUGUAACCACUUCUUAAUUCCUUACUAAAUAAAUCACAGUACAAAUGAGAAAUUAGCACUGUUACCAUACCAGUUGUUAGACAUCGUGGUAGUAUGGUUCAGUUGCUUCAUCGUCAUCUGGGACGUGUGGUUCCGUUGCUUCAUAGUCAUAUGGGUUCUGUGUUUUGUACAUUUCCUUUACAUCAGGGUCGACUUUAUUUAAGUGAUAAGAGUUGUAUAGUAACAUGGCCACAGAACUUUUACAAUCACGACCUACACGUCCUAUUUCUUGAAUAAUGUCGGUCAAAUGUUUAGGCACACAGUACAAGAUAACGCUAUGGGUGUCUACAACAUCAAUUCCCAUUCCCAAAGCACUGGUAGCAGUCACCAUUUUCAACUGACUGUCCGCAGUCUGAAGUUCCUUUAUGCUAUUUGUUUUCUUCUCUUCGGGUGUUUCAGAGUGAAACAUAUCAAGCAUGUCACAUUCAGGCAGUUCAGUUUUCAAAUAGCUGUAUAUGUUUGAUGCAUCCUUAAUGGAAUGGCAAUAUAAAAUAGUUCUUGGAAAAUUACUUUCACUAAGUGCAUCCACUAGCCAAGCCAUCGCCAU